UAUAGAGUGUACCAUGGGGUGGAAUCCCACUCCAAAUUCUUGUCUGGCUUUCUUUUCCUCUUGAGGCUUCUGUUUUCCUUUGAGCAUUGUUGGAAGCAGGCACACAGAAGCUGUAAGAAGUUAGUUGUCCAGCUUGCAGCACAGACCUUGCAGCUCAGCAAAAAGCCAGUUAACACCGGAGGAAUAUCAGUUCUAUUCAUGGGUUCAAGUAAAAAAGUGGACUUGAAAAUCAUUAUCAUUGGAGCUCUGGGUGUAGGGAAAACAGCUCUACUCCACCAGUAUGUACACAAGAAAUUUUAUGAAGACUAUCAGACCACUUUGGGAGCCAGUAUCCUGUCUAAAAUGGUAUUUGUGGACCACACACCACUGAAACUGCAGAUCUGGGACACUGGAGGACAAGAACGAUUCCGGUCCAUGGUAUCCACAUUCUACAAAGGCUCUGAUGGCUGCAUGCUGACCUUUGAUGUCACAGACAUGGAUUCCUUUGAGGCUUUGGAUGAUUGGAGGGAAGACUUUUUGCAGAAGGUGCUGCCUACAGAUCAAAGUUUCCCAAUAGUAGUGCUGGGCAAUAAGAUUGAUUUGAAGGACCGGCAGGUGUCAAAGGAAGCAGCUUCAUCCUGGUGCAAAGAAAAGGAUAUUGCCUAUUUUGAAGUUAGUGCCAAGAAUGAUAUCAAUGUAGUACAGGCUUUUGAGACCUUGGCAAGACAAGCAUUAUCAAGGUACAAUGGGAUCAUUGAGAACUACCUAACAGAUUCUAUAAAGCUCACUCCUGAAGACCAGCCCAAUACAAGAUGCUGCUGAGAUACCAUUUGGUAAAUGGUGAGAUUUCCACUCGGUUGUGUGGAACAGAUGCAGUUGCCAAAAAGCCCAUCGUGGUGGGAGGAAAAACAGAAGUCAUCUCAUUCCUGUAUGUGAACAACGAUGGGGAAGAUUACAAGCAGUUCAUGAAUGCGCAAAUGGGAAUCAGAAGGAUGUAUGAUAUUACACCAUCAACUCUUACUGGGGAACCUGCCUGCUUCAAUCACGAAUUUCUAAAAGGCUCAGCAACACUCUUUGAAGGACCUAUAAAUUACUUUAUUCCUUGUCUCCUUGUGAUCUCAAAAUGAUGCCACCUGUCGUCAUUCUGUUAUGGUCUGCUAAUAACACAGGUGACCUGCAUGUACAGUAAUUCUUGAAUGAUGGUCCAACAUGGUCUGACAGGAGUUAAGGCACAGAAAUGCAAAACACUGAUGCUGUUCACUAAAUUUGUGAUAAGAAGGAGAGCCAUGCUGGGUUAGGGAAGAGGUACAUCUUGUCCACUGUUGCAUUCACACAGUGGCCAACCAGCUGUCCAUGGGAAAAAGGACACAAACUAAAGAGCUUCUCUGGUCAUGACAUUUGGAAGAAUGUACAUUCAGUUCAUUUUCUGCGUUAAGGAAAAGCUAAAAUGUUUGGGACUUUCUAGUUUAGAAAAAUAUGCAAAGUACAAAAAGGAUAGAUUUUUCCCCUCCAUCACUACACCAGAAAUCAUGCUCACUCAGCUAUAUUGAUUAAUAGCAGAUCAGAUAAAAUGAAGUACUAUUUCAUACAAUGCAUACUUAAGAAAGAAGUGUUCAUGAGGCUCAGUCAUGACUACUAAAACAGAGGCUUUUAAAAUACGUUAAACAAAAUCUUGAAAGAGAAACUGAUCAGUAGCCAUAAUCAUGGCAGCUGCAAUGUGGAACUUCUCUCUUCAGAGGCAGUUUACCUCAUUAUAUAGCAGAUACCCACUAAACAUAAGAACAUAAGAAAAGUCAUGCUGGGUUCAGACCAAGGGUCCAUCUAGUCCAGCACUCCAUGGUGGAAAACCAGCUGUCCAUAGAACUGUUCAAGCAGGAUGAGUGCAAGAUCUCUACCUGCUUAAGCUCCUCUCCAUGUUCUUCAGGAUGUCUGAUAUAAGGGACCUUUCACAUGUAUAUUUCAGGUGUGAAUGUUUCCUUAUUGCACAUAGUUCUGAUGAACAUGGGAGCAUCUGGGAGCUAUGCAAGUUGGCAUGCAUGACGUUUGCAGGAGAGGCUAAUUUUCUUUUUUAUACAUUGAUUGGAUACUUGAACUUUAUUUCUCAGUAGUGCUAGAAUAUUUUUUAAAAAAUUCAGCUAUAUAGGUUUGCCAGUGUGGAUGCAGGAAAUGCAAAGAAAGAUAAUUAAUUUCCACAAUCACCUUGUAGGAAAGACUUGCAUAGGUUCCACUCCUGUGAAAGACUAACACAUAGCAGUUGAUACCCCAUUGCAAAUAAGCGUGAACUGACCAGGGAAAUGUGGCUCUGUGAAUUUCAUUUUGGGGACAUUUUAUGAAGCACAAUUUUUGAACACCCUGGUGAGAACUACCCCAAAUUUAUUUUGGAUAUCAUUGCCACUUGAUUAUAUUAUGCCUGUUCUGGACCACAGCAGAAAAGCAGCAGUUCCCAUAGAACUUUCCUGAUUAGCUGAUUCAUACUUGGAAAGGUACUUUAAUGUGUCUCACCUCAUGCAACUUACCCAUAGAUGUCUACUUCAUGGAAAUUAUCCACAGACAUCUAUUAAUGCCUGUGUGUUGGAGAUUUGGUGAGCGGCUGAAUCUGGUAUUUACAAAUCUGUGUCAGAUAAUG